AUGGUACCAUCGAUUCAAUCUCCCACCAAAUUCAUGUCCCUUUCAAUGCUUUUGAUAUCCAUCAUCAUGAUGGUUUGUGAAGUUAAUGGUCAAUUGCUGCCGCCUAGUCAAAGAACCAUUGUGUUGUACCUACAAGAUAUAGCACAAGGGCCUAAUGCAACAGUUGCUCCAGUAAUUGGGCUCAGAGGAAAAGAUUGGUCCUUCAACACAUUUGGAACCAUAUUUGUAGUUGGUGACCCACUCACAUUAAACCCAAGUCCAUCAUCCACUACAGUGGGCUGGGCCCAAGGUUUGCUUGUAGCAACAGCUCAUGAUGGUGCAAAUGUGAAUGUGGUGUUGUCAAUUGUGUUCAACAAUUUGGAAUUCAAGGGUAGCUCCUUGCAGCUCCAAGGCAUUAGUAAUCAGCGUGAGAAUGAUAAAGAGGUGUCAGUGGUGUCUGGAACAGGCAUGUUUCGCUUUGCAAGGGGCUUUGCUUCAUUUCAUACCAUAAUUUAUGAUCCUGACCUCGCCCACAGUGUUAUUCGCUUGACUAUAAAUUUGAGACAAACAAUAGAAAAUUAA